GUCACCUUGCAUCAGAUGGCGCAUGCGCAGAAGACUGAGAGGACUCGUGGCUGUGUUUAUGCUAACUAAGCUGACGUCUCUCUGUUCCAUUCAUAGAGAUGGCCACCCUCUACGUGUCCCCUCAUCCCGAUGACUUCAGGAGUCUCCUGGCUCUCAUCGCUGCCGAGUUCUGUCCAUCACCUCGUCCUCGGAUCAUCUCAGAGGAUCCACCAGCAUCCCUGAAUGUCCGCUCCGGACCAGCCCUGGUCCUGGCAGCAGCUGCUGGGGACGGGGACUCUGUCCUGAGCGGGGCCAGUGCUGUUGCAUGGUACUUGGCCUUUCAGGGGAAGAGGGCCGGGAUGGACUCCAAGCAGCAGAGUCAAGUGUGGCAGUGGCUGAGCUUUGCAGACAAUGAGCUCACCCCUGUUUCCUGUGCUGUGGUCUUCCCUUUGAUGGGAGUGAUGGGCGUAGAUAAAAAGCUCCAGCAGAGUUCUCGAGCAGAGCUUAUGCGGGUUCUAAAAGUUCUCAAUCAGACCUUGGCGCCGAGAACUUACUUGGUGGGAGAGAGUCUCACUCUGGCUGAUAUGGCUGUUGCUGCAGCUGUUCUUCUACCAUUCAAAUAUGCGCUAGAGCCCUCAGACAGGAAGGCAGUGACCAAUGUGACCAGGUGGUUCACGACCUGCAUUAACCAGCCUCAGUUUCUGAAGGCGCUGGGAGAGAUCGCUCUUUGUGAGAAGGUGGGGCUAGUAACACCAACACCAAAAGCUGCAAAUGUCACUGCAUUUGUGGACUCCAACAACUCUACAGAAAAUGGUCCACCAAAGACAGAGGCGCAGCUGAAAAAGGAAGCAAAGAAGAGAGAAAAACUGGAAAAGUUUCAGCAGAAGAAGGAAAUGGAGGCAAAGAAAAAGACACAACCUCCAGCAGAGAAAAAGGCAAAACCUGAAAAGAAGGAGCUCGGAGUGAUUACAUACAACAUUCCUACACCCUCCGGAGAAAAAAAAGACGUCAUCGGUGCGCUCCCCGACUCCUACAGUCCUCAGUACGUGGAGGCUGCCUGGUAUCCGUGGUGGGAGAAGCAGGGCUUCUUCAAACCCGAGUAUGGUAGGAAGAGCGUCAGUGAGCCAAACCCUCAUGGCAUCUUCAUGAUGUGCAUCCCUCCUCCAAACGUGACUGGAUCUCUUCACCUGGGUCAUGCCCUCACCAACGCCAUUCAGGAUUGUCUGACCAGAUGGCACAGGAUGCGUGGGGAAACCACCCUGUGGAACCCGGGCUGCGACCACGCCGGCAUCGCGACACAAGUGGUGGUGGAGAAGAAGCUGAAGAGAGAGAGGGGUCUGACCCGCCAUGAUCUGGGCAGGGAGAACUUCAUCCAGGAAGUUUGGAAAUGGAAGAACGAGAAGGGAGACCGUAUUUACCACCAGCUGAAGAAACUGGGGUCCUCUCUGGACUGGGAUAGAGCGUGCUUCACUAUGGACCAGAAACUGUCCUAUUCGGUGCAGGAGGCCUUCAUCCGGAUGCACGAUGAGGGGGUGAUUUACAGAAGCAAGAGGCUCGUCAACUGGUCCUGCACACUGAACUCUGCCAUCUCUGACAUAGAGGUGGAUAAAAAGGAGCUCACCUGCAGAACUCUGCUUCCUGUGCCCGGCUACAAGGACAAAGUAGAGUUCGGGGUCUUGGUGUCUUUUGCUUACAAGGUGGAGGGAUCAGAUGAGGAGGUGAUCGUGGCCACAACCCGUAUUGAGACGAUGUUAGGAGACACGGCCGUGGCUGUCCACCCGGCUGACCUCAGAUACCAGCAUCUGAAGGGAAAAACGGUGCUGCAUCCCUUCUGUGAGCGCAAGAUGCCAAUAGUCUUCGACGACUUUGUGGACAUGAAUUUUGGAACAGGUGCUGUCAAAAUCACCCCAGCUCACGACCAUAAUGACUAUGAGGUCGGAGAGAGACACAAUCUGGCCUUCAUCAACAUCUUGGAUGAAAAUGGCCUUCUCAUUAACGUGCCUCCCCCCUUUCUGGGCAUGAAGCGAUUCGAGGCCAGAACAGCCGUCCUUCAGGCGCUCAAGGACAGAGGCCAGUUUAAGGAGAUCAAAGACAACCCCAUGGUUGUGCCGGUCUGCAGUCGUUCAAAGGACAUCGUGGAGCCGCUGCUGAAGCCUCAGUGGUACGUGAACUGCACAGAUAUGGGCAAACAGGCUGCAGACGCUGUGAGAGAAGGCCAGCUCAAGAUCAUCCCCGAUCACCACCUGAAGACGUGGUUCAACUGGAUGGACAACAUUAGAGACUGGUGUAUUUCCCGGCAGCUGUGGUGGGGUCACCGUAUUCCUGCUUAUUUCAUCACUGUAAACGAUCCUGCUGUGAAACCCGGCAAGGACAUGGAUGGUCAUUACUGGGUGAGUGGCAGAUCAGAGGAGGAGGCCAAAGAGAAAGCAGCGAAACGCUUCAAUGUGUCUGUGGAGAAAAUUUCCCUGAGACAGGAUGAGGAUGUUCUGGACACUUGGUUCUCGUCUGGCAUUUUCCCCUUCUCUAUUUUUGGAUGGCCUAAUGAGACCCAGGACCUGAACGUGUUCUACCCUGGCACCUUGCUGGAGACGGGUCAUGACAUCCUGUUCUUCUGGGUGGCCCGCAUGGUGAUGAUGGGCCUCAAACUGACGGGCAAACUGCCUUUCAAAGAGGUUUAUUUGCACGCCGUGGUGCGGGACGCUCAUGGGAGGAAGAUGAGCAAGUCCCUCGGGAACGUCAUCGACCCGCUGGACGUCAUUACAGGGAUCUCCCUGGAGGGUCUCCACGCCCAGCUGAUAGACAGUAACUUGGAUCCUGUGGAGGUGGAGAAGGCGAAGCAAGGCCAGAAGUCCGACUAUCCCAACGGCAUCCCGGAGUGUGGGACAGAUGCUCUCCGGUUUGCGCUGUGCGCCUACACCAGCCAAGGAAGGGACAUAAACCUGGAUGUCAACCGCAUCCUGGGGUAUCGUCACUUCUGCAACAAACUGUGGAACGCUGUGAAGUUCGCAAUGAAAACACUUGGAGACGGCUUUGUUCCAUCAGAAAAAGCCCAGCUGUCUGGAGAGGAAAGUGCAUCAGACAGGUGGAUCCUGUCCAGACUGAGUGCAGCGGUGGCCCUCUGUGAUGCUGGCUUCAAGGCCUACGAUUUCCCAGCCAUCACCACCUCCGUCUACAACUUCUGGCUCUAUGAGCUCUGUGACAUCUACCUGGAAAGCGUGAAACCAGUGUUUAUUAAAGCAGAUGAAGACGGCGCCACCCAGAGGCAAGCCGAAGUGUGCAGGCAGACCCUUUACACCGGUUUAGACGUCGGUUUGCGGCUCCUUUCUCCAUUGAUGCCGUUCGUCACUGAAGAACUCUACCAGAGGUUACCUCGACGAAAACCUGCUGAUCCACCUAGCAUCUGUGUCACGUCCUACCCUGACACCACGGAGUUUUGCUGGAACAGCGAGGAGGUGGACCGUGAAAUGGAGUUCAUCAUGACUGUGGUCAAGACGGUCCGAUCUCUCAGGGCCGACUACAACCUGACGAAGACCAGAGCCGACUGCUACCUCCACUGCAUAGACGCUGCAACCGUGUCACUGGUGCAGAAAUACAGCCUGCAGAUUCAGACCUUGUCUUACUCUCAGGCCGUCAUCCCUUUGACAGCCAACCAGCUGGUCCCAGACGGCUGCGCUGUGGCUAUCGCUUCUGACAGAUGUACCGUCAACCUUAUGCUCAAGGGUCUAAUUGAUGUGGAGAAGGAAGUGACUAAGCUGAUGACAAAGAAAGGUGACUUAGAGAAACAGAUGGAGAAACUGAGAGAGAAGAUGGUGAAGAAUGAUUACAAGGAGAAGGUGCCGGCAAAGGUCCAGGAGCAGGAUGCUGAGAAGCUACGCCAGAGCCAGACCGAGCUGGAGAAAGUGAACGAAGCCAUAAAAAACUUCAGGAAAAUGAUGUAACUUUUCGCUUUUUGUGAAUCAGGAUUCAGUUCUUUUUUUCAUGUCAUCGUGUUGAUUUUUCAAGCUGAUUAUAGUAUGAAAGGACUUCAUAAAGCUCUUAUUGAACACA